AUGUCUCACGUUUUCAAGAUUGAGAAUGUGAAUCAAUUCAAUGCAGCACAAAAAACUGAAAAAGACUAUUCAAACAUAACUGGAAUAUGUGAUCUAAUAAAUGUAAAGCUCGUUCUCGUUGACAAUAACAAUUGCCGUAUAAAGCUCCUGAACCAGUCCUACCAGGUCGUCGAUCACUGUGACGUUCCAACAAAUCCGAGAGAUGCAUGCCAUAUUGCAGGCAAUGAGCUAGCGGUUGCGUUUAACUGUAAUGAUGAGAAAAGACAUGAAGUUUGCUUCUUUAACGUUAGGAAUUCAAAGCUACAACAGACAAAAAAGCUAACGUUCAGUCACAUAGUAGCCAAAAUAGCUCAUCAUUCAGGGCGUCUGUAUAUCACAUCUGACACUGCGCUUUACUCUUACGACAAGGCAGGUAAUGAUAGGAGAAAGUUGUUUGAGGACAAGUCAGAUACGCUGACCGUUUUAAAAUGUGCUGUAAGCUCUGAUGGCAGUAAAAUUUACGUCGCAAAUUACUCCAAAGAUCAACUUCUUACCUUGGAUAAGGCAGGAAAUAAACUAGCAACGCUCAGCGAUCCCGAUAUGAAAAGUCCAACCGCUAUACACCUGUCACCUCUUGGUCACGUGUUUGUCUGCUCUUAUGUCUCAAACACCGUGCUUCAAUUGAACAGCGAAGGCAAAACGAAGCUGGCCAAACUUGCAGCACAGUCUGAUGGAGUGAAGCUACCAGUGUCUCUACGCUAUAGUAGUCGCACUUCCAGUCUACUUGUCGGACAACAUGACAAUAACAAUGUUGUUGUAAUUAAGAUAAAGUAA